UCAGAGGCUGGUAUUGCUGUGCAGCACUUGAUUGUUGUCCAUGUCAUAGCCAUUUGACAUAAUGAAUGAGUUGGACACACCUUCUCCCAGAAAAGCUGCUUGUCUUAUCUAGCUGGAGAGCUCAUAUAGCUGCACCUCUAAGUACAAAAACUACUCAGCAACAUUUUGCUGAAGCAGCCAAAGCACAGCUGCUUUAUUAAGAAAAGAAGCUGGAAACCUGAAGAUAACUUUUUAAGGUCUAAGCCUUGUUUAAGAUGAUGUCUGGAGUUUUGUCACCUCAUUCAAUGAGCUGGAACUUCAUGGGAUAUUCAACAUCAGUCCACCAUACAGCAACUCCUCAUGUUUAUGGGGGUCUGGGAAGAAGUUUUCUAAUAGAUAAUCUGUUGAGAGAUGUGGAACAACCUGCUACAAAGUAUGUCCCAAUAGGCUACAGCACUUCGUCAGUCCCUCUGUGUCCUGCAGCUGAACAAAUUAGCCCAUCAGGGGGUACACAUCCUACAUCUUGGGCUUUUCACCUCGUUAACCCAUCAGAUGGACUGCCUGCUCAUUUUGCACAUACCGAGGCCCUCUACCACCCUAAUUCAGGUGUUUCGAAAUACUUUUUUAUGCAGUCCCUGCCCUUCUACCCGGCAUGCUGUGGUGGGUCCUGUCAGCAUCCUGCCUCCCCCACUGCUUUUUCAAGAAAUGAAAGCGAACUUUCUCUGUUACCAAACGAUUCCAACACCAAGGUGAGACGUGUGAUUUUGAGGCGGGCAGUUUUUUCAGAUGAUCAGAGGAAAGCACUUGAAAAGAUGUUCCAAAAGCAAAAGUACAUCAGCAAAACUGACCGAAAGAAGCUCGCUGUCAAUCUUGCUCUGAAAGAGUCACAGGUUAAAAUCUGGUUCCAGAACAGAAGAAUGAAAUGGAGAAAUUCCAAAGAAAAAGAAGUUCUUUCAAAUCGAUGUGCAAAUGAUGGACAUUUGGAACAGAAAGCUCAGGCCAACCGUGUCUGUUCAAGUGACAGUGAUUCCUCUGAAGUGCCACACAACAACAGGAAUAAGGAUAAAAUAUCAAGAAAGGCAGUACAAUUAGUAGAACAGCUCAAACUUGAUUGCACAGAGAAAUCUCUUAGAGACUUAAAGUGUCAUCAAGGCAAACUACACUUGCAGGACUUGAAGGAUUUUUGAUGGAACGAUGUAUAUAUACUGAAGCUUACUUUAUCCUCAAAAAUACAACACAAUUU